AUGGCGCACACCUACAACGGUGGUUGCUUGGCUCAUUUCAACUGUUCUCUCUUUCACCAGGCACUAGGCCCAUUAUGCCCCUACCUCUCGCUUGGUCCGCGAGUUGACGGCGCCUACGAGAAGUGGAUGGCAUUCGAAGACCCGAGACGGGGUCCGUGCCGAAGGGGACUCGAAGUGAUGAGAGAGGCAAAUCUGAGGCCGGGCGGCAGCACCACAGAUUUGCUGGCUCCCGGUAUGUCUCAUUCAACCGGCAACUUUGGUGGAGGAGAACUUCGACUGACAGCUGGCACCAAGGCUCGUAUGCCACAUGAACGGCCCAGGCGGCUGAGUUUCAACGAAUCUCUUGCUCUAACAGUGAUGUAG